UCGAGAAAAAGCACAAAAUACCGACAUUAUAACCGCUACAGUUUAAUAGUGCUGUAGAACUGAUCUAGAUACAAUAAGAACUGACCUAGAUAAAAUAAGACCUCGCUGGCUGUGAGUCUGGUUGCUGGUUAAUUAAGUCGGGAUCCCUUGUUAUUGUGCUGUGUUUUCUCGUGUUUGUGCUCUCUCUCCGUCAUCCGGAGCGUCUCCGUCUUAGGCGGAAGUGACUUGGAGAGCUCGUAUUUAUGUGUAGUGUCGGUGGAGGCCGGACGGCUCCGCGGUGAAGCGGCUCGGUUUACCGUCUAAUGUGUGUUUUCUCGCCGCGUUCAGAGUCGCUGUGGCGCGGCCAGUCGGAGAGGGAGCGGCCGGUCAGUGCGAACCGGAGCUGAUCGCUGGUCGGUUGUUGAGCCUGUCUGCUCCCUCUGCGACGCCGCCGUCGGUUGGCCGGUGAUCAGGGACGAUUUCACGGUAGAAAAGCUGUUAGAGCGCGCUGACCGGCUGACCGGCUCUUCGGUAAAGGCAGUAGCCAUGGCAACUAGGCGCCUGACCGACGCCUUCUUAUUAAUGCGGAACAAUGCGAUCCAAAACCGGCAGAUUUUGGCAGAGCAAGUGAGUACAAACGAGCCCCGCCGCACUCUGAACACACGUAGCAGUGCUGCGGAAUACGAUGAGUUGGCAGAUGAUCGGAUGGCUCUGGUUUCUGGAAUCAGUUUGGAUCCAGAAGCUGCGAUUGGCGUGACCAAGCGGCUCCCGCCCAAAUGGGUCGAAGGUGUUGAUGAGAUUCAGUACGAGAUCACGCGCAUACGGCAGAAGAUGAAGGAGCUCGCCAGCCUCCACGACAAGCACAUGAACCGGCCCACGCUGGACGACAGCAGCGAGGAGGAGCACGCCAUCGAGAUCACUACACAGGAGAUCACACAGAUGUUCCACAGGUGUCAGCGGGCAGUGACGGGGCUGCAGUCUCGCUGUGGUCACUGUACUGAGCAGGAGGAGCGUCUUCUCAGGAACGUGGUCUCGUCUCUCGCUCAGAGUCUUCAGGAGCUUUCCACCAGCUUCAGGCACACGCAGUCCAGCUAUCUCAAACGAAUGAAGAAUCGGGAAGAAAGGUCCCGGCACUUUUUUGACUCUGGUCCUCUGAUGGAGGAGGAUGAAGACGUAGCUCUUUAUGAUCGAGGGUUUACAGAUGACCAGCUUGCUCUGGUUGAGCAGAACACGGUGUUGGUUGAGGAGCGUGAGAGAGAAAUCAGACAGAUCGUCCAGUCCAUUUCUGACCUCAACGAGAUUUUUAGAGACCUUGCCGGGAUGGUGGUGGAGCAGGGAACCGUCCUGGACAGAAUUGACUUUAACGUGGAGCAGGCCUGCGUCAAGACAGAGGACGGACUGAAGCAGCUGCAGAAGGCUGAACAGUAUCAGAAGAAGAACCGGAAGAUGCUCAUCAUUUUAAUCCUGUUCGUCAUCGUCGUCAUUCUAAUAAUUAUUCUGUUUGCAACAAAGUUUUAGAGACACAUUCCGUGUGAGUGCGAGUGUGUGUGUGAGUGCGAGUGUGUGUGGGGGUGGGUGGGG